AUCACAGCGCUUUCUAACAGGUGGCCGACACAUGUAAGCUAAGCACAUGUGUUCAUGGAGUAGAGGCGCACACCUAUGCUCACACACUGGACUGGGAGAUGGACAUGAUGACAGAUGAUAACUACAUGGAAGGGUUGGAGAUGGAGACGGAGAACCAGCCAACAAUGGAUAAUGACUUUUCUGCCAGACUAUCAGAUAAGACGUACCAAUAUCCAACAAUUAGAGAAGGGACUUCUAGUAGCUGCAGGAGGGUCAAAGUGAGAUCCAGACCCAGACUCCAGUCCACAAAAAGCUUCCCCCCUUAUAAUCAGUGUAUAGGUGGACUUGGAGAGGACGGGGAUGGGGAUGAUGAGCUCUAUCCAGAGCCUAGCAACGUGACGAGGGGAGACAGGAAUGACGUCUUUCAAGGCACAGAAAGAAACGAGGACAUUGAAUUGAUCCCAAGAUGCGCAAGGGAUGAAGUAAAGGAACACUGGAAGCUCAGGAGGAAGGAAAGGGUGGGAGAGAGCGAUGAAGUUGAUACAGAUGGAUUGGAGAGAUGGAGUGGGAAAAGAAGAGUGGAAGAGAAGAGCGAGUGUGAGGAUGGGAGAGGGAAGGGGGCACAGACAGCGAGUGGAAACACUGCAGGGGUAGAAAAACUGGGAUUGAAGAAGUGGAGGAAGGGACUAAGAGAUCAGCAGAGGGGGAGAUCGAGGGGAGCAAUGAAACCCCAGAGAGGGGGGAUGGAGAGCCCGAAGAGCUAAUGGGAAUGAGAGAGGGCUCCACAACUCGUCAGUGGUCCUCUCCACAUCCAAUCCUCUCCAAGCUUCUGCACUCCUCCUCCGGCUCCUCCGGCUCCUCCAUCAACUUCUCCUCAGCAGAGAGCGAUGAUGUCUUCAGUGAAGGAGAAGAUGUUGGCUCUAAGAGGAGGGCCUUCAGGAAGAGUCGCUCCUGGAAGACCUACCUGACAAUGGUGCACUGGUCUCUGCGGCGGCAGGGCUCCUGGGUCCAGCUGGCUGGACAUCAAGGUAAUUUCCAGCUGAGUGAGGGAGGGGAGGUGUUGAAACUGUACUGUGAAGUGGAGGCAAAGUGUCUGGACUCCCUGAUGAGAGAUGCGCUGAGGCCCUUCGUCCCACAGUACCACGGCUGCGUCACAAGAGGGGAGCACUGCUACAUCCGCUUGGAGGAUCUGCUGAGUGGCCUGAGGAGACCUGUCAUCAUGGAUUGCAAGAUGGGAGUCAGGACAUACCAGGAGGAGGAGGUGACAAAAGCCCAGACUAGGGUCACCCUUCGGAGUGACAUGUACCAGAAGAUGGUGAAAGUAGACCCUACCGCUCCAUCAGUGGAGGAACACAAACAAAAAGCAGUGACCAAGAGUCGAUACCUUCAGUGGAGGGAUACAACCAGCUCUACAUCCACUCUAGGCUUCAGGAUAGAGGGCAUCAUGAUGGAGGAUGGCAGUAUCCAACGGGAUUUUAAGAAAAUUCUGACUUUAGCUAAGGUUACGGAGGCAAUGCUCUACUUCACCCGGAGUCAGCUGGAUAUCCUGAAAGCGUACCACUCCAGACUCCUGGCCCUGAGCGAAGCACUGAAGAAUUCACUGUUUUUCCGAACACAUGAGGUGAUUGGCAGCUCGCUCCUCUUUGUCCACGACCACAGCAGCAAGGCCAGUGUGUGGAUGAUAGACUUUGGGAAGACGACCCCUUUGCCUGACAGGCUUGAGCUCCGACACAACAUCCCGUGGGCCGAGGGGAGCCGAGAAGACGGCUACCUCAUUGGUCUGAUGUCCCUCAUCACUUCUCUGAGCCAGGCUAUCAGCAUGGCCUCCUCUCAGCAGGAGGAGAGCUGCGGAGAAGAGCAGAGUGUUGCAUGAAGUACAUCAAGAGUUGUGUGGGAGACUGACAGACUAUAUUCAGUAUCAGAUGGUCAAAUCACUACUGUUACACUUUGAACUGUUGCAUCGUUUGAUUUACUAUCUGGAGGAUGCACGGCAGAUGAGGAUUUGUUUAUGGGGGAUCUUCCAUCAAAGGCUGGGGAAGAGGAAUAACGACGUAUACAUUUAAUAAUAUCCAUGGAAAUUUACUGUGAUGGUUGUCUGUAAAUUGUACAUCUGGCAUGUACCGUAAAGGCAGAGACAGUGUUUAAAGACUUUUCGUUUCCUAUCUUAAUAUUUGUAAAGGACCAAAUACCAUAAACAAAAUACAUACUAAAUGUAUUGAUAUAAAAAUAUGAUUACGCUUUAAUUAAGGAUUUUAACUAUUUAACCUACAUAUCAUGCAGGUCAAUUUGUUAUUUUUCCUCUUAAAGGCUGUACAAAUAACCAUUCUAAUAGUUAAUUUAAUUUCACUUAUAUUACACAUCAUAUAAAAGACAGUCCAAGCUAAUGGAAGCCUGUAUUUAAUGUCUUGAUUCGUAAGUCGAAAGAUAUUCAGUAUACAUUUUAUAAAACAAAGAAAAGCAGCAACUUUUCAUGAAGGAGGCUGAAAACAUUGAACAAUUCCGUUUUUUAUUGUUUCAAAAGACUUAUCGAAUAGACCCAGGUGAACAUGCUUUAUCUGUAAUGAUCGAUAGAAUGAGACAACAUGUAUAAUCAACAUGGGUGAGGGAAAACCCAAAUAUAAAAAGUAUUUACCAGAUACAGCUAAGAAAUAUUUGUGUUAGUCAUGAUGUAGGUUUGCUCCCACAAAUGGGAAAUUAUGUUUUAUGAGUAUUCUACAACUAAAAUUGGUAUCAUAUGUAUGAGGCCCAGUGCAUACAAAGUGAGAGGCUCUCUCUGACUGUGUCUGAGAACAGAUGUGCGGACGGGCAUGUUCCAGGAUGUAGAGAAACUGAGCCCACAAUAGUGGCAUAAUGCCCAGACCUGGCAGCAGACUCAAGGGAGGCCAGGUGUCUGAAGCCUGGACCAUGUGUAUGCAACUAACUCAGAAUGCCCGAGCAAAUACAAUGAUCUGAUGGGGUUACCUCAACCUGAUGGGCGUCAGGGAGUGGAAGGAUGUACAGCCUAAAAUAAAAGAAUUAGAAAGUAA